AUGCCAGAAAAUUUGGAUAAAGCAUGUGAGCGUUACUUAUGUUCACGUUUCGCAUCGAUCUCGAAUCAAUUGAUUGGUGCUGAACAUAAACGUCAUUCAAUUUUGAACCAAAAAUUAGUCUUUAAAAAAUAUACAAAAAAUCCAUUAGAUAAAUUUCGUCGUUUAUAUACAAAUACAACAAAUAAUAAAGUUAAAAAAGAGAUAAAUAUGCCAUCGAAUAAUAAUGUUGUUUUAACAUCUUACAACAAUACGAAUUCACAACAACUGUCAAAUCGAUCAUCUGACAUACCAAUUUCAGCACAAAUACCGUCAUCCAAUUAUUCUCCAUCAAAAUCUUCAUUAUCUAUGUCUUCAUUGACAUCACCAGCUAUGGAUCCACUAAUGGAAUGGAAAUUAUUGCAUGAACGUGGAUCCGGUUUAGUCAAUUUAGGAAAUACAUGUUUCAUAAAUGCAUCGUUACAAGUUUUAGCUAAUUGUCCGCCGUUGGCUCAAUGGUUAAUCAAUAAUUCCCAUUUUAAUGGAUGUCGUGUGAAAGCUGAAAAACAAUUUUGUUCAUUUUGCGAAGCAGAACGUGUGAUUAAAUUGAUUCAUCGUAAUGGAACAACAACAAACAAUAACACAUUUUCUUCACAAGCCGUUAUACCAACAUUAAUUGCAAGACGUAUAAAAGAUAUUUCGACAACAUUCAAACAAGGGCGGCAAGAGGAUGCUAGCGAAUUUUUAAUUUGUUUAUUAGAUAAAAUUGUUGAAAGUUGUUUACGUUCAUCACAACCACCCGAACGUCUGUUACCAUCAUCGGGCACACAUUAUGAUAAAUUAUGCCAUAGUCAAACUAUUUUACAUGAUCUAUUUGGACUUGUGUUACGUUCACGUGUACAAUGUGGUCGAUGUCAUCAUACAUCGGACACAUAUGAAGUUCAUUAUAUGUGGAUUGUUGGCGUUCGAAAUCGAUAUGAAUUACAACAAUCAUUACAACAAUUUAUAUGUAAAGAAACUUUAUCGGGAGAAAAUUUGUAUCGUUGUAUUAAAUGUAAAACAUUAGUUCAAGCAACAAAACGAUAUACAUUACAUAAAACGCCAAAAAUACUAUUAAUUAAUUUAAAACGUUUUGAAUUCGGUAAAAAUUCGCAUAAACUAUCGCAUUUAGUACGUUAUUCGGAACAUCUCAAUAUUUAUCCAUAUUUGAGUGAAGAAACACAACAAACAAUUAAGCAACAGACAUCAAAUUAUCGUUUGUACGCUGUUCUCGUACAUGUUGGCUCAUCGAUGCAUAGUGGCCACUAUUAUGCUUACGUACGAUCACCGAACAAUUUGUGGUAUAAAGCAGAUGAUACAUCGAUGAUUAAAUGUCAAACAAAUGAAGUACUUAAUCAAUAUGGAGCAUAUAUACUUUGUUAUAUAAAUGAAACAUCUAGUGGAACACCACAGCACAAUGGUAAUGGUGCAACAAAUGGAUUAAAAACACCCACAAGUAAAUUAGUUAUACAAAGUGGAAAAGCAAAUGGAAAUACAAUGCCAUUUUUUACACCAUUACAGGUUCCAACUCAAAAAAUUCCAAAAAACGGUUAG